AUGGCCGCUUGCAGCCAGGACUUCAGCCUUGGUACACAGGGCACCAUCUCUACCAGAAAAGCCCUGUGUUGUGGCAUUGGAGAAAGAAACAGCCAAAAAACUGGUUCACUGAGCUGCAAGGUGCUGAAAGGACAUUUUGACAUUGUUCGAUUUCUGGUGCAGAUUGAUGACUUCAGAUGUGCCUCAGCAGGGGACGACGGCCUCGUUCUGGUGUGGAAUGUAGAGACCGGGGAGAGGCUGCAGGAGCUGCGGGGCCAUUCCCAGCAAAUAACAGCCAUAACCACCUUCACCUGUAAUAAUGGACUCACAUCGCACACCUCGCUCCUCACAGCCUCCUCAGACCGAAGUCUGAGUUUGUGGGACCCUGAUACAGGCAACAGGGUUCAGACCAUUUCAGAUCUUCAGUCUUCUGUAAAGUGUUUGCUGGUGCUGGAGCGGCUGUGUUUGUGGGUUUCCGGUGGGGAAGAACUGUGUGUGUGGAACAAAGACUUUCAGCUGCAGUGUCACAGACAGAACCACAGCGACACUGGAAUAACUGCUUUGAUAGAGCUGCCUAAGAACUGCAUAGCAGCUGCAAUGGACAAAGAGAUAGUGAUCUACAGGCUGACAUUCUCUACUGACUCCUCUCUGUCAAUGGCUGAGAUCCGCUGUCUGUCGGACCACCAGGACCAGAUCCGAGCUCUUAUCAAUGUCAAUGACGGGCUCUUCGCCAGCGGAUCCCAUGCGGGCGAGUUGAUCUUAUGGGAUGCGAUUGAUUGGAACAUCCUGGCCUAUGAGCACAUCCUGUGGGAGGAGUCACAAGCCUGCACUCAGGCUGAAAUACGAUUAACCGCUCCCAAACCCAGCGAGAUGUCCAUUCAGCAUCUGACCACCAACGGAAAGCACAUCCUUGCAGCUGUGGGCAGCGGCCUGUAUGUGUACAGCAUUCAGACCAAGUCAGUGGUGGCCUACAGGAAGGUUGCCCAUGACUCUAAUAUCUUACACACCAUGCUGUUAUCUGACAGCGAGCUGAUGUCCUGCUCCGAAGAUGGCAGUGUGAGGAUGUGGGAGAUCCAGGACCUGCCUUUGCCUGCUGAACCAGCCUCUGCAGGAUUCUUUGGAAUGUGGACUUUUGGUCGGACAAACAAACAGAGUGGUCCUCCGUCAAAGAAGGUCAUGGAGGUCCCAAACAUCAGGAUGCUGGAGUUGACGGGCGAUCUGAUUGGACACUCAGGAGCAGUCCAGAUGUUUGUGAGCUUUAGGGAAAACGGUUUGGUCACGUGCUCGGCGGACCACCUGCUGAUUCUGUGGAAGAACGGAGAGAGGCAGUCGCACCUGCGCAGCCUGGCACUUUUUCAAAAACUGGAGGAGAAUGGAGGACUCUGACGUGACCUCUGACCUUUCACCCUUGAAUGGCUGCCUUAAAAAAAGGAGAGAUUUGAUGUUGUUGGUUGUUGAUGUUGGUUACAGAUAUUUGAAUCUACUGUCAUGAUUGUUUGCAUUUAAUGAUAAUGUAAUGUUGUUUGCCUUUUCACUGAAACCAGUAUUUAACUUAAAUUGUAAAAAAUGUGUAAAGUAAAAUACCUCACCCCAGAAA